AUGCUAGCGACGUCGCCCUCCCCAUCGAAGUCCGUGCCGAAGACUUUGUGGCAAACGACGCCGCUCAUCUCGAGGCCCGAGCCAAGAAGAAGAAGAACGCCAAGGCCGCCGGUGCGAAGGCAAAGGGUGCCGCAGCUAAGGGCAACGCCAACGCCAACGCGAAGAAGGCAGCCAACAACAACGCCGGAGCUGCUGCCGCCGCCAAGAAGAACAAUGGCAACGCGAACGCCGGCGCGGCUGCGAAGAAGAACAACGGCAAUGCAAACGCAAAGAAGAACAACGGCAACGCGAACGCGAAGAAGAAUAACGGCAACGCCGCUACCGCGCCCCCCGCCAACGCCGCGCAGUUCUCCGGUCUGGCUUGCACCGAUGGCAAGGGUGCUGGAUCUUGCAACGCCCAGGGACAGUGCGCUGUCAACGGAAAGACUACAGCGAUUGCUGGCCAGUGUGGUGUCGCGGCUGCGAAGAAGAACAAGCGUUGGGUCUCCGACAUUGCUCAUCUGGUCUAGAUGGCUUUCAAUGUGUUCUUUCUUUUACGGUUGGGUGGAGCAUCGGGACUUGGAUGUAGUUAGUGGAAAUGACCUCAUGAAUAAGGGCGGGUAG